GGAAAUGAAAAGGGAGCGUUGACAGAGCAGAAAAGAGAGAAUGAAUUUGGAAUCGGAGUCCGGUGGCGGUGUGGGUGGCGGUGUGGGAGGGAACGGAACGCUGAUCCUGCCAGGUCUCCCAAACGACGUCGCAGCAUUGAUCCUCUCAAAGGUACCAUAUUCCCACCACGGAAGGCUCAAAGGAACAUGCAAAUCAUGGAAAGUGCUUCUCUCCUCGAAGUCCUUUCUAACAUCUCUAAAACGCAACAAUCACCUUCUCUGCAUAUUCCCACAAGACCCUUCAAUCGCUUCCCCUUUUCUAUUCGAUCCAAACGCACUCGCAUGGUGCCCUCUCCCUCCCAUGCCUUGUAACCCUUCCGUUUAUGGUCUCUGUAACUUCGCUGCUGUUUCUUUCGGCCCUCAUAUAUACGUUCUCGGUGGUUCCCUCUUCGACACGCGCUCCUUCCCCAUCGAUCGUCCCUCUCCCACGUCCUCCACUUUUCGCUUCAACUUCCAUGAUUUUUCGUGGGAGUCACGCGCUCCUAUGCUCUCCCCGCGUGGAAGCUUCGCAUGUGCUGCUGUUCCUCACAGAGGGCAUAUUCUGGUGGCCGGUGGGGGGUCGCGACACACCAUGUUUGGUGCUGCUGGGACCAGGAUUCGGUCGGUGGAGCGGUACGAUGUUGGGAGGGACCGUUGGGUGGCUUUGGAUCCUCUUCCGGGGUUUCGUGCGGGCUGUGUGGGGUUCGUGGGUGAGGAGGGGAGGGAGUUUUGGGUGAUGGGAGGGUACGGCGCCUCCAGAACUAUUUCCGGGGUGUUUCCGGUGGAUGAAUAUUAUAGGGAUGCGGUGGUGAUGGGAGUAGAGGGUGGCCCGUGGCGUGAGGUUGGGGAUAUGUGGGGGGAUGGAGAGAUGGUUAGGGUUGGGAAGAUUGUUGUGGCUGAGGACCGUGGCUGUCCCGCGGUUUUCAUGCUCGAUGGGAAUGAGAUUUUGAGAUAUGACAUGUCUUCGAAUCGUUGGGUAUACGAGUCUCGCGUGCCAAGAAAAGCCCCUUACAAUUCGUCAUUUGGUUUUGUAGUAGUAGACGCGGAGCUGUAUGUAGUGACACAUUCAUGUGGUGUUGAUUUUACAGAAACGCGAAGGUCCAGACAGAAUAAGAGGGCUGGAACUCUGUACAUUCAAAUAUAUAGCCCAAAAAAGAAGUCAUGGAGAUCCCUAGUCACAAAAUCACCUUUCAAUUACUCUAUAGAUAUUAAUAGUGCUGUAUUGAGCCCAAUUUGUCUAUGAACUAUUUUGCAUCGUAUUUAUAUAGUCUAGGGAAAACUGCCUAAUUUUUUGUGUAUCCCAUAAUUAGAUUGACCUGGUUCCAAGCAGGUGGCUUCUUUGUAUAUUUCUGUAUUUAGUAUGUUUUGAUCAGGGUAUUUAUUUUGUAUUUAGUUGUUACCAUCUAAAUUUGGAUAUUACUGAGAAUUGUAUCUGCUAGUAAUAGUGUUUUAACCCUGAAGUACUGACAAUUGUAUCAGCUAGUACUAGUGUUUUAACCCUGAAGUACUGAAAUAUUUGUAAUGGAUAAAGAAAUGAAUGUUAACUUACAAAAUUGUUGCUUGAUUUUAUACUCCAGAGUUGAGUUCAGUGCUGAAUGCAGAUCCACUUCAGCCACACCUCGGCAUCUUCCCUCUCACAUCAGCUAAACAUGCCACAUUAGUUCAGAUUGCACGGUUGAGCCUGUCAGAGCAGGAGUAUAUGGGACGACAGAUGGAAGGCCUCUAAAGUUAGCAAGUGUUUAUAUUAGUUUAUUAUAUGUUAAAAACAAUUUAUGAUAUUUUCUUAAGUGAUUUUUUUUUAAAUGUUUUUUUUUUCAUAAUUUAAGGAAAUUCGAAUGUGUAUCUGUGUCGAUAUAUAUGAUUGAAUUUAAUAUAUAAGUUAAAAUAAUGAAUUAAAACUAGAGCUUUAGAAUAUUUUUCUGUCUAAAAGAAAAUUUAGACCCUUUAUUUGGUUUUUCUUUAAUAAAUUUUAAAAUAUAGUAUUAUAUCUUGAUACCUUAUUGUGUUGUAUUUGAAUUUUGAUGAACGAUUUAGUUUGUAAUUUCACACCUUACUGUAUUUUUACAAUGAAUAUUUUAUUUUAUAAUAGUAUUUCAUGUUUUAUUAAUUCAUAAAAAAUAUUAAAAAUGCUUGUUACUUAAUUAUGUAGCAAGUAAAGGGAAUGAAAAUUAUCCAAUAACUAUGAUAGAGGAGUUGUUAUUAAAACUCAUUAUCAUUCUUAAUUUAAGUAUGUACUCGUUUGUUUAAAAUAAAGUAAAAGAAAGUUUUUUAUAAGUAAGUUUUGAAUAAGGUGGUUUUUUCUAUCUUAGACUAAGCUACUAUUUUCUUAUCCUAAAACUAUUUG